CCCUGUUGAAGGAAGGGAAAAGCUUGACGACAGGAGGUACAAGCAGGACACGAAGAUGGCGUUCAUUAUCAAAGCCAUCUACGCCAUGGCCCAUGGGCUUCACGACAUGCAAAGGCACCUGUGCAAGGGGAAAGGGGACGGACUCUGCCAGGAGAUGUUCCCCUUCAACGGAUCCCUUUACAAGAACUUUUUACUGAACGUGUCAUUUACGUAUGGAGAAGGAGACGAGAAAGAGCAAGUGACCUUCGACGCCAAAGGUGAUCCACCAGGAAGGUACGAUAUCAUGAACUACCGGUACCUCGAAAACAGGACGCACGACUACGUCCAGAUCGGGACUUGGGACGACGGGAACCUGACGUUGAAUGCCACUCUCAUUGAUCCCUCCGCGGGACAGGUGAAAUCUGUCUGCUCGACUCCGUGCCCCUUGGGUCAGCGCAAAAAUUAUCAGAUUGGAGGACAGGAAAAGCGGUGCUGCUGGUCCUGCGUUAAAUGCCUGGAGUAUCAGUUCCUCUCCAACGAGGAGACCUGUCAGGACUGCCCCCAAGGCUUUUGGCCCAAUCCCAAUCUAACCGACUGCGAGCCGAUCGAACAGGAGACGAUCGAAUGGGGGAACCGACCGGCGAUCGUAGCCCUCAUCCUGAGUGGGAACGGAUUCCUGGCCACCCUCUUCACCCUUGUCGUCUUCGUCGCCCACAACAACACCCCUGUCGUCAAAUCCUCUACUCGUGAACUCACCUACAUCAUCUUCCUCGGAAUGUGUCUGUGCUACGCGACGACAUUCCCAAUGCUGGCGAAACCGAGUCAGAUCAGUUGCACUCUGUCCCGAAUUCUGCCCGGACUCAGCUUCGCCCUCAUCUACGCCGCCCUCUUGACCAAGACCAAUCGGAUUGCCAGGAUCCUCGCCGGCUCCAAGAAGAAGAUCAUCACUCGAAAGCCCCGGUUCAUGUCCGGACCGGCACAGGUGCUGAUAACCCUGAUAUUAAUCGGGGUGGAAGUGGGAAUCGUGGUGACGAUGCUCGUCCUGGAGCCCCCCAAAGAUGAACCCCAUUAUCCUUCCAAAGACAGGGUCAUCCUUGUGUGUAACACAACGACGUGGGGGAUGAUGGCGCCUCUGUGCUUCGACUUCUUCCUCCUGGGCCUGUCCACCAUCUACGCCAUGAAGACCCGGAACGUCCCAGAGAACUACAACGAGGCCAAGUUCAUCGGCUUCUCCGUCUAUACUACUGUCGUCAUCUGGAUCGCCUUUAUCCCCAUCUACUUCAACAGCGACCACCUGACGGCGACGAUCACGCUGUGCUAUUGCAUGAGCCUGAGCGGCCUGGUCACGCUGGUGCUUCUCUUCUUCCCCCGUCUUUAUAUCAUCCUCUGUCGUCCGGAGCGGAACAACCGAAGCGAGUUCAUCACGGCCACCACCGUACGAUGUCACAUCGGGAACUCCUCUGGCUACUCUCGCACUUCCACCUCCCUCUCCGUCUGCGAGGCCACCGAAAGGUAA